AUGGCUAUUCGUCGACUUCGACGAGAUUUACGUAAUAUACUCAAGAAUAAAGUUGAUGGUAUAGAUGCAUCACCAUCUCCUGACAAUUUGUUUGUAUGGAAUGCUAUUAUAUGUGGUCCAGAAGACACAAUAUUUGAAAAAGUUCGUUUUACAUCAAAAUUAUUUCAUCCAAACGUUUGGCAUGAUGACGGUCUCAUUUGUGUGGAUAUUCUUAAAGACGAAUGGACACCAUCAUUGGAUGUUCUAUCCAUUCUCAAUUCAAUUCGAAUUCUUCUUAUUGACCCAAGUCCACUGAAUCCAACUAAUCUAGAAACAGCAUUACUCUAUCGUGAUGAUCGUCAAAUCAACGGUGUAGGUGGUUUCAAAUGA